AUGGACAUCUUAUGCCAGCAAAGAAGAGCGUCGGAUGUCAGAAACAUGUUGAAGAGUUUUGGUGGCAGGAAGAGCACUGAGCUGUUGUCUUUAACACCAAAGAUUGAUGAGAUAGAUUAUGAGACUACAACAAUGUCAGAACGUCCUAGAGUUGUACUUGAGCAAGAAUUUGAAAUGCUUUUUGAAGGCAUCACACAUCCGGGAAGUGAUCAAUAUGAUUGUGAAAUUGGUACUUUCACUACUGGUAUAAAUCCUCCUGGUGGUGUCUACCAGGAGGGCCAGCUUAAAGGACAGUCAACAGUUGGCAGAACAACAGCUUUUAUGGUCUUUGCAAUAUGCAACACAGCAGCACUUUUCAUAUCUAUGUGCAUUGUCAUUGUCUUGGUCAGCAGCAUUCCCUUCCGACGAAAACCACUAAUGAAACUACUGGUGGUUGCUCACAAAGUAAUGUGGGUGGCGGUGUCACUAAUGGCCACAGCUUAUGUCGCAGCCAUGUGGAUGAUCAUGCCACACGGUGAAGGUGUAAAUUGGACCCUUGAAGUAGAGAUAUCUGUGUGUGCAGGGCCUAUGGGAUCUGUUUUUUUAUUCCUUGGUGUCACAUGGACCAGACACUGGUUGAUGAAGUUCAAGUGGGGGAAGCAGAGAGGUAAAACUACAGAGGAAAGAGCACAUAAACAAGCUGUACGAGCACAGAAAAGAACAGAGGAUACACCAGAAAACAACUCAUCAUUAUCCACCAACUUCAUUGCUUGGAGUUUCGAAGAACUAGGAUAUCAUACGUACUGA